GAAGGCUGUGUCUUUGGAACUUACAAAACCACUCCUUGCAAAAUGCCUUUUCUUGUCUGCCUGGAAACAAUGGGCCCAUCCUGGAUAUGGCCUACUGCCAGCAGAGGAGGAAAUUUGCCUUCUCUUCUAGCACUGGUGGAGUUUUUAUCUGUGCUUUUAAUCCUCACUGUGCUGACCUGGUCCUCCUGGCUGAGCUGAGUGGACACCAAGCCACUGUUGUCGCCUUGGUCUGGCAUCCACUGGAAGACAUGUGGGUCAGCGGUGCUGAAGACGGCUCCAUUCGGCUCUGGAGAGAAGAUGGUGGAUGCUGCGUACAGGACCUGAGAGCCCCCAGAGGGAUCACUUGCCUUUGCAUUGACCAGGUCAAUGGCUGCAUCAUUGCAGGGGUCCAUGACACCAUCAGGGUUUAUGACCCAAACUCUGGGGUGCAGGUGCAGAGUUACACAGGGCAUCAAGACACCAUCAGGGGUCUCAUCCAUAUUCCAGAAAUGGAGCAGUAUGUGUCAGUCUCGCUGGAUGGCACAGCAUGCAUGUGGAAGGCCUAUCACCGGGGGAACAGCCUGAGGCCCGGGUCAGUCGGUGACUUUGCUCUCACGCCGUAGACUACCCAGAACUGGACGGAGUGUCUGCUUCCAUUUACA